UUAAUCUGUUUUUAAUUGACCCAACACACUCCCUGAAUUUGCUGACUCACAUUUUAGAUAAUGGACCCGUGGCAUAUUUUCUUAUCAGCAGUUUUAAAACGAUGUAUUAUCACUUCAUACUUAUUGUUUAGUAGUUUCAUGCAUAAGGAACCUGGCCUCUGUGAUGUCAUUGUUCACAGAUUUUCUUGUAUGGUAAAAUUCUUCAGUGUGCCCCAGUUAGUGUGCACAUUUUUCACCCCAACCAUUCUAACAGCAGAAGUUUUUGUGCCGCAUAGGAGGAGUGAUUACCAAACAGGUGUCUUGCAGUAAUCUUUGCUGUGGCUGUGCCAGUUUGUACUGCUGUUCACUGUUUUAUUUUGGAUCCAAUUGUGGCUUGAUAAUGUAUUUUUUAAUCUGUUUGUCAAAGUUUUUCUUUUGUUUACAAGUGUUCAUAGUUUCAUGACUGCAAGAGGAGUAGUGUGCACUUGGAAAUAACCAUUAUCUCCUCCCUGCACCUUGGCAAGUGUUCCAGAAUUUUACCCAUCAAAAGACACUUUAAUUAAAUCCCCUAGUCUUUAAGGAGAAAACUUUCACCUGGAGAAAGCUCUCCCUCAUUCUAAAUUAAUUACAACCUAUUUGUAGUUAUAGGUGCAAAACUAAUCUAGAGCAGAAUUAAACUAGUGGAUAUUGUCAUUCCAUAUAUUGUUUAUAAAGAAGUCUAUAAAAAUAUAAAGGAUUCAGUGUUGGUGGCUCAGCAGUGCCUUACACUUAUACCAGUUACAGCUCAAACUGUAUUCAUUAUUCUGUUUGACUUGCUGAACUAAUUGGAAAUGUGGCCGAUGCUGAAGCUUUGUGGCAUGAGAACAUUGACACAAAGAAGCCACAUGUAGUAAAGAGGUUUGAUGUGAGUGCCUUUGCUGCUACACAUUACCACAUGCCUGAGAGAACCGUUGACAGAGAGGAAGAUACAGCACAUGCAAAUGCCCAUGAGGAAGCAGAACUGGAGGCGAGGAGGCUGCAAGAUCUACAGAGGGAGGAAAAAAGGAAGAGAGAGGAGCACCUUGAGAAGGCUCGUCUCAGGGGGAGGCAGGCUCUGAGGAGAGAACAGCUUGUGCAGGAUCGUGAGCGUUUGCUGGUUGAACUGGAGCACAUGCAGCAGACAGACAUGCUGAGAAGAAGACAGCAGGUGUCUCAGAUGCCGCCGCAGAUCUUCCAGCCUCUGUACAAGAGACAGGAGACGAGGGAGGACUUUCAAAGGGAGAUGGAGUUUGCCUUUGAGGAUAUGUAUACUGGAGAGCGGCGGGUUAAAGGAGACCUGGUGGUAAAGCUGGUACCUGAGCCUCUUCCAGAUCCUUCCACUGGCAGCCAGGACCAAGAGCUGGAUGUUACUCUAGAUGAACCUGCCUUUUCUGGAACAGAAAAUGUGCGAUAUGACACUGAGCAGGAAACAUCUGCUGAGGGUGAAGAAGGUGAGGCUUCCAGACCUGCUCCUAGACGGGUUUUAAGGAAACUCCUGGAUAGAAUCAGGAACCAAAGGAAUGAGUGGACUAACCACAGCAGUCAUGUCCCUGCAGCUGAUUCCCCAACCGUCUACACAGAUCAGAUCCCAGAGCGAGAGACAACCAUUGAAACCGGCUCUCUUCUCAGUGAGGAGAAGGACAAACGAACCCCCGACAAGCUCCGUGAGCCUUGCGUCCUUUCACCAGUCGUGGAGCCAACAAAGCAGCCAGCUGCAGCAGACACUUUAUCUCCUGAUGUGUUUCUCACCAGAACUCAAGAAUUUGAAGAAGAACGAAGGAAAAGGGAAGAGGAGCUGGAGAGGGAAAAGCAGCAACAGAUGCUUUUACUGCAGGAGCUGGAAGAGCAGAAGGCCAAACUGGAGCAGAUGCUGCUGGAGGCUCAGCAGGAGAGGGAUCAUCUGAAGGUUGUGAAUGAGGAAGUAAACCAACCAGAAAUACCUGUCCAUGACCAGAAGGUCACCUCUGGUUCAACCACUGAUUUAGUACCUCCUGCGGCUAAAGAUGACCAUACCAGAAGGAUUAUGGAAUACCAGCAGAGGUUGUUGGAGCAAAACAGAAUUCACCAGAGAUCAGUGGAAGUGGCUCGCCAGCGUCUGGAGGAAUACCAACAAGCACUACGUAUACGCUACAGCAUGACCGCCAGAUCAUUGCUGCCUCCCGUUGUGCCUCCAGGCCUUGUUCACUCACCUCCGCAUAGGAUGCAGUCUGAACAAGUCCCAGCUCACCUUAAACUCCCUAAACCUCCUGUGGUACCUGCAUAUGCUCAUAAUGGACCACAAGUCUCUGUGGAAGUUGCCUCUAGAGACUCUGACGUGUUGGCCUCACCUCCCUGUCAUGCAUCCAGUGCAAGCACUGGCUCUAAGUUGUUGUCAGAUGAAUCUGUUUCAAACACGCUGAGAACUCUGAGACCAAAUGUCACUGCACAGCUGACUGACAGCGUCAUGGAGAGGGUAACAGAGCAGCUUCCAGAGAGACUGAGACCAUCACUAACUAAAGAGCAGCUGUUCCCCAGACAUCACACAGCCAGCGUCCCACUUCAGCCAAAGCCGGUUUCGCUCCGAACCAUUAGCCCCAGUAUCAUUGACAGUGCACCUCCGGAUCCAGGCCUCCAGUCUGGGUCUUCGAACUUCACAGCGGCGGAUAUGAAGAGGCAGAAACAAGAGUUGCAGGAUAUCCGGAGACGGGUGCUGGAACAGAAAGAGGCAGUGGUGCUGCAGCAGAAGCUUCAAGAAGAGGAGAGGCAGAGGCAUGAGGAGCAGCGACAGAGACGAGAGAUGGAAAUGGAGCAGAUGAGGAGACAAAAGGAGACAUUGCAAGCUUUGGUUAAUACUCAACAACCAGUUUCACACGUUCCCAGUGAAGUGUCUGUAUCAGAGGACAUCGGUCAGAGACGUAUGAAGUUGCUUGCAUCCCUGCUUAAAGCUAUAGAAGAAUCAAAUGGAGGAAGUUUAUCACAUCUAGAGAACUCUGAUGAGAGAGAUAACUCCUUUCAGCAAAUCCAAUCUGACAGCGGUGAGACAGCUCCUGCUGCACAGAUCAAUGUUCCUCCUCGACCUUCAAUACUUCCUUCAGGACUCCAUCUUCCUUGUGCACCAAAGCCACCUGUGACACGCCUCAGGUUGGGUGUUCAGGGCGUGAUGACUGAACAACACGAGCUCAGUGCUAUUCAAGAGGUGGAGACUCCAGUCAACACUAGUCAAGUCACAGGCCCAGAAAAUAAUGUGGCAGCACCGUCACACACUCCACACUGGGAUCUACAGGAGUUUUCAGAUACCUCUAUGACAUCUAACAAGACUCUGCAGACAUCAUCUGUGUCCAGCAGUGGACAAGAGACGGCUGAAAGACGAGUCAGCUCAGAGAGAUCCAGCCAUUUUGUCUGGAAGGAGAGGCUGCUGUCAGGGACAGGAACAUGUCCAGAAUUAUCAGACUCUGAUUCUGUCCUGAAAGCAACCUCACUAGUUUCCUCGGACUCUGGAAGAGGAGCUGACUUCUCUGGUCCUGCACUCACAAGCUACAGAUCCUUCAUAGAGUCUCCUCACAGACCUCCAGGGUCUGACUGCCUCUCCUCCACCACUGUCUCCACUGGCAGCUACAUAACCACUGAUCCCGAGCAAAAUGCCAACACUGAUAAAUCUCCACACGUCGCAGAACAAGGAAGUGGACCGCUUUUAAGUAAUGCCCCCUCACCAUUUGAAGAAAGCACUGAUAAUGAGGAAAGUUUGGUUUCCAGCCGACCCAGUCUGUCUGUAGACUUGCUGGUUAAUGACAGCAGCAUCCAGCACAUUAUUGACAGAUACACAAGGGAGCUCAACCUGUCCCUCAGCACUGCAGGAAAAACAACAGACAGUGAAGGCUCAUAUGUGGAGGAGGUUGGUUCUUCAGUUUCUCAGCAGACCUUGGUUCAAGACUCCGAGCGAGGUGUGGAUGGAAGUCCUGCAGGUCAUCAGUCUCUGGUGCUGCACACAGCAGGAACGCAGCAGAGUGCUCCGGAGUUUGACUUUACAGUCCCACAGCAUAUCUCACUGGUUGAGGAUCAAGACCAUGAUACUUUCCAGCCUCUGAUUGGCCAGCUGACUGACCAGUCAUCUUGCCUCAUUGCUGAUCAGAGGGACUCAGCCCUGGAGCAACUGGUUGGUCAGCCGUCGACUCACUCAUCAAUGAUUGGUCACCAACCAGGGCCGCAGCUCUCACUGAGCUUUGAUCAAGGUGGAUGGAAUUCUGCUCUGAGUCGGAUGAUUGCUCGCGUCUCCCAUCAGUCCAGCUCUCAUUGGAUGAGUACUGGGAGGGAUUUUUAUGCAGCUCAGUUGAUAGAUCAGAAUGUAUCUGAGCCAUCAUGGCUGGCUGAAACUCCAGAGAGAAUAAGGAUGAGACCACUGGUUGGAGAGCUCGACCAGUCUGCAGUCCAACACACAGGACGCUCGGGAGAAAGAAGCUACAUGGCUCUUGGUGUCUCAGCUGAAGCCAGUGUACCCUUAAACCAGAUGCUGGCUUCUGAAGCUUCAUCACACUAUCCAUCUGUCUCAGAUGUGAAUCCACAUCUACAGGACCGGACACGACAGACCCAAAUCAGUCUGGUGGACCUGGGUUCUCAGGGGGUUGAAGAUUCAUUUCAUCCACUGCUGGCUGAAGUCACCCACAAUGAAACUGCUGAUCCCUCCAUGAUAUUUCAGAUGCCUGGACAUGGUGCGCCGGACACUCCUGAAGCACAUCCAGCUAGCAGGGAACACAGAGUUUCCACACCUUCUGCAGAGUCUGAAACUCACACUGAUCCUUCUGUUGAGUCAGAAACAUCACCUGAGCAUUUCCGAACAGAGGAGCCAAACCACUUCACGGCUCCACCAACCUUACAUGGAUCUAUGUCCCAGCUCAUUAUCUCCGAGUGCCACCGACAUGACUCCGCCCUCGAGAUGUCCCCCGCUGGGAGGACAGACGUGGACAAAACCACUCUGAUUCUGUCAAAUCUAACCAUUGGUGAGAAUGUAGCAGAUGUGGGCAGAUCAAAGGCAGAAACGAGGAUUUCUAACAUGCAGGAAGGUUCACUCUCAUUCAGUGACUCGUGUGCACAAGAAGUGACGCUUGAGCGAGAGGAAAACCUGAGGAAUGCUUUUCCUGCCUCAGACAAGAUAUUAGAGGGAGCCAUGGAGAAGGGAAUCCUCGAGCAGUCAGAGAUAACAUUGGUGAGCCUGACAGACACUACGCUGCAGGAACAGGAGACUACCAUCACUGAGGAGGAAGAGGACAAGGAAAUUAAGGGAGAAAAACUUCCCGAUGGGUUCAGGGAGAAAAGACGGGAGCCCCAGGAGACAGAGGGGUUAGAAUCUAUGUCAUUACCAGAGAAGACUCCAGAGGAUGACUGCCUAACACAUCCAGUGACGUUACUGGAGUUUCAGUGGGGCUCUAGCAGAGGGCUGCAGGACAUUUUCCAGCAGAAGCGUGGAGCUCUCCUUCAGAAAUCAAACCUCAGGGUGGAGGAAAUCAAGGCCAAAAGGGUGCUGGCAAAGAGUCAAUGUGAGAACAAAGUUCCAUCCAAAGGAAUCAAACAAGCUAAAGGAGCUCAACAAGUCACCUGUAAGGCAAAAACCAUGCCAGAGCUUCAGCUGAAGACCCAUAAGUCGAAGAGAGAAAAAGCUGCACAGAGAGAGUCACAGCUUCCCCCUCCAGAGAGUGAUUCCAGUCUGAAAAAAGAGGAUGAGGUAAAGAUCUGCACAACAGAACAAAGAAAACUUAAACUUUCAGAGAUGCACCAGAGAACUCAAAGGCUGUAUGAGCAGCUGGAAGAGGUGAAGCAUCAGAGAUCCAUCAGGAGCAGACAGGAAGACUAUGCAAAAAACAGACUGAAGGCUAAGGAGUUUCACAAGAAGACCUUACAGAAGCUUCAUGCCAAGCAGACUCGAUGAUUGUUACUGAAUGUAAAAAUGUGCCAUUUUUGAUGUUGAAAAUGUCAUUUGUUUUAAAAUGAAUAAAGUAUUUAAAUUAUUGAAUCCCA